AACUACUCUCCACGCAUUCCAGCUCAUAAAGCCUUGAAAAGUCUAAUUUCUGGGGGGUUUUUAGCGACCUGCAUAUGUAUUUUGAAAAAUGUUCAUGGAUGAUGCGACUCAAAAAAUGAAGGGGAAAGGGAACGGCGUGGAAUUGCUAUCGACGCAGAGGCUGCAACCGUUCGAGAACAGGGAGCACAACCCGGAGAGCUACGAGGACAUGCAAUAGGGUUACGGUCCUCUAAUCUUCAGUUCUCUAGAGUUGCACUUGCCUCCUAACAUGCUCAAUUUGCCGCGUGAUCGUGAAGUCCACCUCCUCAGUGACACUCUCACUCGCUACUCUCCCCAGGGUGAACGCGCUCGAGUAUGCCGCGCCUCCUCCUCCACUUCUUUUAUUCUAUUCAUGAAUUGGAAUUGUCGACUUAAGUAAACUCAGAUUUCAUUCAUUCAUUAGUGAUUUAGGGAAACUGAAAGAAAUGUUGUUAUGUUCGUGGCUGUGUUCGGUUUCGUAACGGCAUCGCUCUUUCUAAUGGUCUAUGAAAAUGUUUGCUCUUUAUUUCUAUGAGGUUGAGGAUUGAAUUUGUGAAAAUUGUUUGUGCAAAUCGGGAGAGAAUCUCUCUUCAUGCGCAGGGUUGAUUGCUACUAGCAUGAAUAAUAAUUGGCCUUUCUUUUUAUUCCUCUUUUAUAACUUAGAAUUGAUACUUGCUGAACUCACUUGUAGUUUAGUGGGGAUGUGGGUUUAAGAGUAAAGAUAGAUUUUUCUUGAUGUCACUUUGUUCGUCUUCAUCUAUUUUUGUGCAAAAGACCUUCUCCUGAAUGGUACAUGAUCAGCAACACCAGUCAUCGUGAUAUGGUUCUUUCAGAGGUUGAGCUUUGAGAUUUUUAUUUAUUUUCUGAAAUGAGUUUUGUGAGUAUAUUAUAUUUUAAACAUCGUGUAAAAUAAAGGCUGACAAAAUGAACUUUUCCUAUCAAUCUUUAAUUACCGAUGAAAAGGAUUGUAUCCAUAUAGGUUCAGAUGUCCUGAACUGCUAAUGGUGUGGUGGGAAUCAAUGAGUUUCCAGGAAUUUUGAUGCACCUCUCUAGUGCUAGUUGUUGGCCUUAUCAGAUGUUCUGUUGCUUUUCUUUUCUAAAUGGUCAUACUGUUGUCAGUUGUCACUGAUUUCUGAUGCAAACUGGCAGGUUCAAAAGCAUUGAAAAUACAGACAACAUAUUCUAUCAAACUACAAGGUGUAUUUCAUUUUUGAAUUUUUAUUCUGAAGUAAAAAUUUGAGAAAAAAUUGUUGUGCAUGGGAUAGGGUAAUUUUCGUUUUUUUGGCUUCAGGCUCUUUCAGGGUAGUUUCUUUAGCUGAUAUUCAGCAGAAUUGGGCUGCUCUCUUAUGAUAUUUCUUUUUGUUUCAUAUUUUGGAGGAUGACUUGCUCUUUAUCUUGGACGUCAUUUUAGCUAUCAACACAAUUUUCUCUUAUCAUUUUUUUUUUUUUAAAAUUUAUAAGCGGUGUGUCCUUAUUUACCAGGCUUUAUGCUAGUCUAUGGUUUUUUUCAUCAUCAGAUUGAUUUUUUUUAAUCAUUCCUGGCAUUGUUUUUUAGUAUAAACCUGUGUUCUUUUGCACAGACACUAUAUGAGUGCAUAUGUUUCUCUCACUGCCUAUGGUGUCAAGAGUUUAUGCAGGCACUUGCCCUCUCCUUUUAAAUAUGGAAAGGCUUUCAUGAUAGCUGACAUCACAUGCAUUCUCUCAAAACUGAAAAACUGUUGUUAAACACUUUACAGUUUCCAUGGUGAUAAGUGUAGAAUUGUUUGCAAAAUUAUAUGAGCAUGGAAUGAUUUGGAUUUUCAUGUUUUGCAUAUAGCAUACAAGUAUUAGUUGUCAUGUGUUUUUUUGUACACUCAGCUUAUUGGCUGGUUACUUCUUGUCACAGCCUCGACAUAAGGAGUUGUAUAAAUAUGAAUGCCACGCAUUUCUUUGGUCCUCCAUUUCCCAAAGCAAUCAGUGAGAACACAGAAGAGAGUUUAUACGUUUGAAAUGUUUCAGCCAAAGUUCUGUGAAAUGUUGAUAAAUGAGGUUUUAUUUAUUCUCUUGUCAUUUGUCGUGUAAAUGACAUGAUUUUCCUUGUAUUUUAGUUUGUGCAUUACAAAGUUCUGAUUGCUUAGGUAGAAAGUAUGGAAAGAUGGGCGUGUGAUCACAGGUUCCAUAUAAUUUGUCUGAACACUAUGAACAAUUUGGUGUUGUUCUUGAUGACUCUGGACUGGAAACCAUGCUUGAAAAGUUGAUGGAUGACUAUAUAUGUCCCAUGUCUAGAGUUUUCCUUCCUCGGGUGGGUGGAUUAACUCUGGAUUCUCACCAUGGUUCUGUGGUUGAAUACGGAGAGCAUAUGGAUAUCGAGCUUGCACUUUUCAGUUCAGUUUUUCAAGAGCCGAAGAAACAUCCAAAUGAUUUUUCCGCUGGUGCGGAGAUUGUUGAUGCGAGAAAAAAGAAAGAGAACGCCUGUCAGUUGCUGCUUCGAACUGGAAUUGCUGAAGAGGGAUGGUAUAUCGGCAUCUUGAGUCGUUAAUUCCUCCCAAGUUUUGCUUGUGAAGUUAUAUGAUAGCAGAAUUCUCACCCUUAUUAUAGUAGUGGCAAUUGUUUCUUUCCUCUUCUUUUUUCAGUCCUUUUGCUAGGGUUUUGUUGGUGAUAUAUGAAGGGUGCAUGUUUUAUUUUUCUCUCUUUCUAGGUUGGAUAAAUAUGUCUAAUGCAAUGUUGUCUUAUUAGCUUUCAAAAUUGAAAUAUGUAGUAAUCUCUGGUGCGUUGCAAUCAUACAAGAAGAAAAAUAUUAUAGUUGAAGCUCAAUGUUCUACCUAGUCAUUCCUUUCCUUGCAAGAACUUUAUCAGAUAAUUCAAUUAGGCUUUUAAGCAGAACUACAAUCAAUGGCCAUGGCCUAGCUGUCAAUGUACAAAUAUCUAGAAACUUAAAGACUUUGGCAUAUGGUGCUAAUGCCAUAUAAUUCUUCAUUCUGUACCACGCUCCAAGCUGUGCUUCAAAUAGGUACAGAGACUCUCACUUGAUACA